UCUGUGAGUAGAACAGUGAAACAGAAAGUGUUGAUCUUUUCUCUCUUUCUUUUACUCUUUCUCAUUUUAAGCAUCCAUAAGCAUAAAUCUGUCUAUCUUAUUUUCUGUUUCUUUUUUUCUCUGUUUUUUUUCAACCUCACCUCACCUUACCUAGUACCUUAGUUUUUUUUAAUUAGAGCGGAAAUGGCGGCCAUCAGAAAGAAAUUAGUAAUUGUAGGAGACGGUGCAUGUGGUAAAACCUGCUUGUUAAUUGUCUUCAGUAAGGAUCAGUUUCCUGAGGUCUAUGUGCCAACCGUUUUUGAAAACUAUGUUGCUGACAUUGAGGUUGAUGGUAAACAGGUUGAAUUGGCAUUAUGGGAUACUGCUGGACAAGAAGAUUACGACAGGUUACGUCCCCUUUCUUACCCGGACACUGAUGUCAUCUUAAUGUGCUUCUCAAUUGAUAGUCCAGACAGUUUAGAAAAUAUUCCGGAAAAGUGGACACCUGAGGUACGGCACUUCUGCCCCAAUGUACCCAUUAUACUUGUUGGAAAUAAGAAAGACCUUCGUAAUGAUAGCCAUACUAUUAAGGAGUUAUCAAAAAUGAAACAGAAGCCGGUAACACCAGAGGAAGGCCGAGCUAUGGCUGAGAAGAUAAACGCCUAUGGUUAUUUGGAAUGCUCUGCUAAAACCAAGGAAGGUGUCCGAGAAGUCUUUGAGACGGCAACUCGCGCUGCUCUCCAGACUAAAAGGAAGAAGAGGACGAAGUGUCUUAUCUUUUAAUUGUCGUUAUUUUGCAAUGUUUCACGCUUUUAUCCCCUUUUUCGGUGGAAAAUUGAUACACACAACACCGCCAAACAAAAUUUCUCCUACAUCUCUCCCCUCUAUAUAUCUGUCAAGCCUCUCACCUCUUGAACCUUCUCUCCAAUCUCUCUUUCUCUUUUUUCUUUCUCUCUCUCUCCUUGUCUCAUUUAUGAAUCAAAUUUUUGUGAAAAUUAGUAAUAAAACUAUCAAUUGAUUAAAAAACACCACCAAACAAGAUAUAUCUAGAA